AUGUCGAACGAAUACAACUACGAUGCGGACGCGCAAUUCUUUCCCUUCUUCGUCCUGACGAUGAGCUCGCUCGUCACCAUUCCUCUCACAUACUCCCUCCUUAAGCCCACCGCCGACGUAUCGCAACUCCGAAAAGCCGGACACAUCAACUCCGACUUCAAGCCCGAGCACGCCGACAUAAUUAAUGCCCAGCGCACAAAGCAAAAGCGGAAGGAGCUGCGACUGAAGAGGACGAUAGUCGCCGCGAUAGGAUGGGUCACAAUCGCAUACAUGGCCUACCUCAUGUACAUUACUGUGCGAACGGCGCCUGUGAUCUGGAAUCCCUAUGAGAUUCUCGACAUAUCCAUGUCAGCCACCGAGAAGCAGAUCAACUCGCGGUACAGGAGACUGUCAACCACCAUGCAUCCCGAUAAGCGAAGACCGAAUGAAGCGCUGAAUCAGACGAUGGAGACGGUCAACGAUGAGUGGGUGGAGAUUGUAAAAGCAUACAAGGCGUUGACGGAUGAGGAGAUUCGGAACAACUUUAUUCAAUAUGGAAACCCAGACGGCAAGCAAAGCACCAGUUUUGGAAUCGCUCUACCGCAAUUCCUCGUCGCGGGUGGAGCUGGAAAGUACGUGCUGGCUGUGUAUGGAUUGGUACUGGGAAUUGGUCUUCCAUACCUGAUUGGCAAGUGGUGGUACGGCAUGCAGAGAUUGACCAAGGAGGGCAUUCUCACGACGACUGCUGGUGACAUGUUUCGCGAGUAUCAGGAUCCGAUGGAAGGUGGUGAUGUCCUCGCCGCUGUCGCGACUGCAUCAGAGUUCAAGGAGAUUCUUCACGGCUCCAAGGCAGACAGCGGGCUCAGCACGGCUGAGAAGAAAUUGUCAUCUUCAGAAUAUGUCAACUCCGUCAUGCGACCCAAGGAUAUCAAGAAACUGCGAGAGCUCGAGGAUCCCGUUCGCAGAAAGACACUCGCUCUGCUCUGGGCAUAUCUCACACGACUCGAUUUGGACGACACCACACUGGAGGCCGAAAAGUUCGAGCUCCCACCCACCGCACUGCGAAUGGAGGAGGCCUUCGUCACCAUCUGCCAGUCCUUUGGCAUGACCACAUCACUCCUUUCCACCUUCCACCUCAACCAAAGUCUGAUUCAAGCCAUCCCACCAACCAAAGCCGGUCGAUCACCACUCCUUCAACUGCCACACUUUACUCCGAGCAUUGUCCGUCAAAUUGAGUCCUCUGCAAACAGCGGCAGCAAUCACAUGACCAUCCAAUCCUUCAUGGCUCUUCCCACCGAACAACGCCAAUCCCUCGCCAGCGCAGCCGGCCUCCCCACCUCGCACCUCAAACUCGCCGAGUCCGUUGCCCGCCAACUUCCUUACCUCCAAAUCGAAAAGACCUUCUUCAAAGUCCAAGGCGAAAAACUCCUCACUCCAUCCUCCCUCGUCAACUUCGUCGUCAAAGCCCGCUUCAUCCCACCCGGUACUCCCGCCUCCGCCAUCCCACCCGUCAACCCAGAUGACCUCCUCGACCCGGACCCCGCCGAAAGCGACCUCAACGCGCAAAAAGUCGAACCCGAGAAAUUCGACGUGCCCCUCGCUCAUGCACCAUACUUCGCCCGCGACCGCGCCCCGCACUGGUACCUCUUCCUCGCCGACCAUCGACAGGGCAAAAUCGCCGUCCCACCGUUCAAAUUCACGACGUUUGACAAGAAGGCUUUCGAUGCGGACGGCAAGCCUACAUUUGCGGUGGUUACACUGAAGAUGACCUUUGCCGCGCCGCCGCAGGUCGGAGAGUAUAAAUUCCAAAUGCAUUUGAUUUGUGAUAGUUAUGUCGGUUUCGAUCGUACGGAAGACGCGGUGAUGAAUAUCGAGGACGCGAGUAAACUUGCCGAGGGAGAUCGGGAGGAUGAAAUUUCGGAGCCGGAUGAAGAUACCAUCGCCGGCCAAAUGGCCGCAUUGCAGGGUAAACCCACGGAGAGCAAGUCUCACGAUCAUGGUCACUCUCAUGGUCACGCGCAUCCGAGAAGGAAUGAGAAAUUGAGGAAGAAGUUGGAGGAGGAGGAGAGUGAUUAUGAGAGUGGCACGGAUGGGAGUGAAGAUGAGGAGAGCGAGACGGAUACGGAUACGGAUUCGGAAGCGGAGGAGGCGGCGAAGAAGGAGAAGAAGGGGUGGUUCUCGUGA